AAUAUGUGUUUUAGUGAAUUAACAUUGGCGGGUGAUGAAUUACACGAUUAUUUACAUAACACUGGAGGUAUAUAUGUAACGUUGCGUACUACGAGUUUUGCAGAAAAAAAUUUUCCCCGUUAUAAUGCAUGGUCGGGGUGUAAAUUGAAAAACGUUGAUUUCUUUAUGAUUUUCUCGACAUUGAGCAUAAUAUCAUGUGAUAUGAUUUUCUCAACAUUGACAACUCGUGAGACUGGUUGCCUGUGACCAUUGAUGUCAUAUGUUAACAAAGGCGUUGGUUCACCUAUUAGUGAAACCAAAACGGUGUCUUUUUUACGAAAGCAUCUUUUGUAUAUUAAGAAUGUACCACUAAACUAGAACAAGGUAGGUAGAACAAAAAAGGUUGGAAUAAUUAAUGGAAAAUGCCGUAACAGUCGUUCAUGAAUGCUUUCUAUGUUGAUGAAAGUAUUCGCUCAUUUAUUAUUAUAAGUAAUAGCAUGGCAUUCAGGGCGAUUAGUGAUUAAAUGUACCCGAAAGCCGAGAGAGGUUUAGUAAACCUCUCGAGGCUUGAGGGACAUUUCAUCACUAAUCGACCGUAAUGCCAUGCUAUUACUUUGUAAUAUCAUAGUUGCCGAGGGAAUCCGCGCGUGUUGUGUUGCCUGUUUUGAAUGCUGUUUGAUUGUCUUAUGAUUGUGGUACGAACACUUUUCAUAUAUACGCACGCGCAGAAACACAUCUCCGUGUCCAUUGGCGUUUUAGGCAUGCGCAUAAACGGAAUUUUUUCUCACAAUUGUAAUGUUCAGGAUUAGGGAAUAAAAGCUGGCAAAGUGAUUGUUUGAAUGUGUACGGGACGGUAUCGUUAGAUACUGUCCAUAGUUGUGCCGAUGAUUUUCGAUGAGGUACAGCUCUUCAAUCAGAGGUAAUGAGGUACGCUUUUGUCUUCUAAAUUUCCCUCAUCAAGCAUGCAGGGGGAAAAAUUAGAAGACAAAGAAAUCCUUUGUUUUCAACUAAAUUUCCCGGGGAAAUUUAGUUGAAAACAAAGGAAUUCUUUGUCUUCUAAUUUUUGACAAAAGCGUAUGCAUGGGUAAUGAGGUAAAUUAGUGAUUAAUCGUACCUCGCGAGACAAAGGAUUUCGAGGCAACUAUGGUAUUACAGCAGUAAUUUUUGUCCAUGUCUCCCAACGCCCAACGUGUACUUUUUAUUAACAAGUUUAGUACUUUUGUGUUUGCUUUUUUAGCCCUCUUGAAGUUUUGCAGGCUGCUGGCCCUCCGGACUUGCUGCUUUAAUAUUCAUAUUUUAUAUCUUUUUGUUAUAGUUGUGUCUCAAUCAUCAGUCCCACUCUUUGAUCAGGUACAGUUACACUAAAUGCACGGAUGCAAUUACACCAAAUAACAAAUAGGUUUUAAUGCAUUAAUUUUGAUAAUAAACAGCUGCUAAAUUAAAUAAUGCUUUUUUCCACUAAUUGUAAGAAAAAGCCACAGAGACACAGGUUUAAUAGAGUGUUGCAGGUUUUGAUAAGGAUUGUAGAUUGCACUCGGAAGGAGCCAAUUAUGUUCCCGAGAACCAUAGUUUUGAGGCCAGUUGAAUUUUUGGCAAACAUUUGAGAUAUUCUGAAUCUGUCCCGCUUCCAGUAAUUCCGGGCCUCAAAAGUUCUCCGGCCCCUUUGCCCGCGUCCGAUUGCCCGACUACUCAGUCCGCCCUUGUGCGGUUAGUUGCUCCCAAUGCAAUAUAGGAUGUAAGACAAACAAAAUCAGAUUGUGCACAAAUAUACAUUCCGUUGUCCCUUUGAAACAUGACCCUCAGCUUUGCACAAAUGCAUGUUCGUGGAACUUCGUGGGACGAAGACAUAAAUAUAUAGUAACCCAAACUUUUUUGUAUAAUACUGUAAAUCCAACAUGAAAUCGUCAGGUCAUAACCACAGUAAUUUCUGGAACAAAGUGCAAUAAACGGUACAGUCUAUUACUCUAAAAUUACGGACUUAUAUAUUUACCAAAUGUGGAACACAUGCCUGCAAAUUAUGCCCAAAUAUCGGACACCCAAAUUUUAAUAUGUAAUUCUGAUAUUAUAGACAAAUCCGUCAACAAGCAAAAACCAGGCUUCCCAGCAACCACCACGGGUAUCAACAGGUAAACGUGGUUAAUUAUCAGUGGCGGAAAUUCACUUUUUCCGGUGGGUGGCGAAGCCUUCUAAAUUCCGACAAAACUUUCAAAUUUCCGACAACAACCCCCCCCCCUCCCCCCCCAAUUUGCACUCGAAAAGGCUGUUUUUGGCCCUUUUAAAGGUCAAAAUUUCCAAAAAUUCGUCAUUUUCCACGAAAGUGGGGGUGGUGCGGCCGCCCCCUCCCGCCACACCAAGAUUUCCGCCACUGUUAAUUAUAGCAUUAGAAUGCUGUUGUUAGGGUUUGUAAUCCAAGUGAGUAUAUAUACAUUUUAAGACCUGACCAGGAACGACUGCGAAAAAUGCAGCACAAGGUCCUCUUCACGGGAAAAUUCUUACCAGAGGAGUUUUCUCAGUCGUUCCUGGUCAGGUCUUAAAAUGUAUAUAUACUCACUUGGAUUACAAACCCUAGCAACAGCAUUAUAUUAAUACCACCAAGUGAAGUGCAAGAAACCAGAUCAUUGAAUUCAGUCCAUCUUAAUUAUAGAAUGCAUGCUGUACAUGAGAGACCUUUUUGCAUGCUCAAUAAACAAGACUUGGUACUAUACAGUGCGAUGCCCUGGAGAAUGCGCAAAACAAGUGCACCAGAAGCGCAAAGACGUAAUAUUUUUGAAUAAAUAUCAAGGCUUAUGAUUCGAACAAACUAUAGUAAAAGAAACUCACGCAGCGAAUGUAAAGCGAUGCCUAACUUCGUUUGAGCCCUACAAUCAAAAGUAACAUUGAUUGUUUUGGUAAUAUCUUGUAUAUAUUUUUAGCUGUCGAUAACAGAAUUUCAUUGGAGAUCAUUCCCAACAAAUGCUCCAUCAAGGUUUGUGUGCUUGGAACAUAUUAUGUGCGAUAUUUUAACACAUAUACCCCUUGCCAAGCUGUCUAGGCUUAUAAACAGAAAUUUGCGAUUUUUGAUAGCUUUUAGGACAAGGCCAGUUUCACUUUGCUGUUUUGUGAAUAGUGGUAUCAGUCAAUAUACCGGGUGGCGCAAAAAAAAGUUCAGGCGUUUGCUCUAUACUAUAGCGAAAAAACUACAAGAGCUACGUCGCCCAAAUAAAUGUGGCUGUAUUCAUAAAAGGCUAUAAGUUUUUGAUAGGUCAUCCAUAAGAUUUCACGAGAUAUCAGCGUUUAUACUUGCGUAAGCAUUUUCAAAAGAGUAAUCAAAAACGGCCCAUUGAACUAAUUUGAUGCCAUUACGCUGGGCAUCGCCAGUUUAUUUUCUGGGCAAGCUAGUGAUGAGUAAAUGCGGAGAUAAGCCUUGCCCCACGCUUUCAGAUUUGACAGUGUCAGUGUCCAAUUUUUUGUCUUUGUAGCUUGUUGAAAUAUUAAAUUUGGAGUAUGCCACAUCGAUUAGCAACCAACCAAUUUGAGAGCUUCGUGCAUGAAGCGUUGUUUUAGCAUGCCGCAACUUGGAGCAGUAAAUGAUUCAAGAUUCCUUCAAUUCGACUUCAUGCUUUCAGGAGCGAGACGUUGCAUGUGGCGGACAUGCAUUUCUAAUAAAUAAAUAUUUGUUUUUAAAAAUAAAACGGAUUCUGAAUGUAGUUCGCCUAAAUGCAGUUCAUUGAUGAAAGAAUACUUAAUAGGCCGUUUUAGCUAAAUUUUUUCAAAACUUGCGAAAGUGCUUACCCGAGUUUAAACGCUGAUACCUUGGUAAAUAUUUAAUGAAAUCGUGUGCAUGACCUAUCAAAAUUUAAGUUAGACACUUCUGAAUAAACGAUAAAUGUUAUUUGAGCUAAAUAGCUGUUCUAGUUUUUUCGCUAUGUAAAUCAAACAAGGGAACUUUUUUCUGCGCCACCCGGUAGUGUAAACAUUCUUGGUCUCUCGAGAUGGUGUUAAUUUUCAUCACGUUUUAGGGUAUACUAUCUACUAUUUCAAACGUGCAUAUAGCUGAGAUUGCUCGCGUUACUUUAGUUUUCUGGGUUUUAAUUAUUGAAAUAAAGUUGGCCAUUGUAGUCAUAGUUGAUCUAAAGUUAUGUUUAUAAAACGUUUAAAAACUGCCCUUAUAUCGACUUAAUGUUAAAUAAACCAUGCAUAAUUCCUCAGUUUUGAAUUGUUAGAGUUGUAAUUGAGCGAUGAUUUUUAUUCCUUUUAAAAGUGUAUUGAUUGCGAAAAUACUGUAUAUAGCCUGUUUAUAUAUUAACUUGAAAAUGUCUUGAGUUUAAGAAAAAAAGGAGACCCUUAAUAACAAAACUUUAAUGCUAUACUUUCGUAAUGUAUAUAGCUCUUAUAUUCUUCGACUGCAAUUCCCAUGCAGUACUGUAGAAAUGUUAACGCCCACUUGGUUCAUCACUUAAGCUGUAUAUUGUAUUUGACUGAUUUUAUAUUUUCUGGUUUUACAGGGAGGCUGUUCAUUUAUUCUUCAUGCAAAAAAAGCUCUGCAAGGUGGAAUAUUUCAUGUUAAAUUUGGUAAUUAUGGGACCUGCAAAGCAUCAGGAUCUGGAAACGAAUAUCUUCAUGGGUUGGAAGAUAUUCCUCCAGGUACGUCUUAACGUAAAGUAGUUAAGUCUGUUGGUGAUUGUUUGUGUUUUGUUUUGCUUGCGUAUUUAUUCAAGUAAAAUUGCUUUUUUGACGCAAAAGAAAGCGGGAAAAACGUUUAAAAUGAUCCGCGACUAUUCUAUUUUUUUAAGCGCUAAGACGAGGCACACAUUUGGUCGAUGUGCAGGUAUCCGACGAAACUGGGAAGAUUAUAGACACUAUUAUAUUCCAGUACGAGGAUCAUGAGGCAACCGAACGUGCGCACACGCUGCGUAGUAAAGGUUUAAGGUCAUCAGACGGAUCGAAUCCUCCUAAUGAACGCCUUAAACCAACUGAAAAAUCAAGUAGGUGCUGGUCUGAUUGUGCGUUCUUGAUACAAAUUUUUUUAGUACACUAAAAUUCAAGAAUAAGUUUUUGUGGAAGGCCAUGCAUUUAAUAGGGUGGAGUUAGAGAGGAAGAAAUAAUGGACGAAAAAUAAACAGGGAAAGAAACGAACAAAGGAAAUUUGUUGGGAGAGGAGUGAGUGGAUGGACUGUAUUUCAAAUGUAUACAGUAAGGAUUUGAGGCAACAAUAACUUAGAAGGGACGUUUCCCUAGAGGGAUAGAAGGGAUAUUAAAACAAAAAAUCAUCAUAUGAGGCUACAGCAGUGACGUCAACAAAAGUUAGGAGCAUGCAUGCAGGGGCAUAUUAACCUCUCUAUUGUAAAGAGUAUCGAACUCAGCACAUUAUACACAGUAAAGUGUUUGUAAAUUAUAUUUAUAAAGUAAUUUAUAAAUUUUUGUAGGUGAUUCUGACGGUUAUACAGGUUCUCCUGAAAAAAAGCCCAGGAAUGUUCCUAUUGAUAUGACAAUGCUAAUGUAUUUGUGUGACGAAAUGGCAGCUGAAGGCGAUGAACACUUUUUUAGUGCGUUAAUUAAGCUUCGUAUCAUGGCAGCAGUUUUAGAAAAUCAUAGCGGAUAUUACAAAGAUUUUGCAGAAACUGCGCGGGAAAAUGGCCACAAUAAGUUAGCUGAGACAAUCGAAACGUCUUCAAGGUAUAUAAGAGCUUCAGCUGUUCAGUAUUUGUUAUUUUAUUCAAUCACUAUAACAUAAGAUAUUUUUCAGGGAGCUAUCCUGUGGUCUUCACAUGGAAGCACUAACAUUUGGUAAGCUUCAUGAUGCUGUUCAAGAAGAAAGAUCAUUAUCAAAGUCUGGUAAGUAUUUUAUAUGCAACUUGUGUACUUAAGUUCCAAACGACAUUAUGAAGCGAUGUUUCAACAUCACUGUUUCAAGUACCAGGUAACUAAACCUGCUAUAGCAGAACAAAUCAACCAAAUAGGACCGAACUGAUUUCCUAUAUUCCCCAUCAAAAGUCACUGUCUCCCAAGACUUAUGACAAGAGUGCUGUGUGGCUUGCUCAUACUGUACGUACCAACGUUAUCUAUAUGUGAGAUUACCACUUUUUCUCUCCGUAGUAAUAAAUCCGCGCGCGCAUCUAUUUUUCCCGUCGAUAUGCGUAAAAGCUUGGAUUUAUGAAAUUUUUAGGAUUUGUAUGAAAAAGCGGUAAGAUUUGUGAAACACCGAAAGCGUUGACUAUAUCUCACUCGUUUAAAUUAAAACAUGUUUUUGUAGGCGAAAGCAACAGUUGCAUGGGUAUAUUAUAUAAGAUCAUGCCUUCCGUUGAUGGCUUGAUGCAUGCAGUCAGAAUUGCAUUUGUCUUACAAAUAUACAAUAAUGUAGAAAACGAUUUUUAGAUUCCAUUAAUAGUUCCGAUUCUGAUGACAACUCAAAUCCUUGUUCCAGUGAUUAUGAUGGGGAUUGUGAUUCUGAAGGUGAACAUUGAAUUUGUAUUAUUUUCUUAUUACCAUUAUUUUCUUAUUACCGCUCGAUUGAGCGCCGCCCCCGAUUGAGCGCCGCCCCCGAAUAAGCGCCGCAUUAGAGACAUAGAUAUCUUAUAUACACUAGAUAGCGCAUCUCAUUUAGUAAAAUUGAAGCCAAGAAUAUUCCAGCGGUUACCCUCAUUUGAAUAGAUGGCGGCCAUGUUGGUCGUUCCCACUUGCUAAUAAACGCUUAAAAACAACACUAACUUUCAUUAUUUGAAGAGUUUAAAAAGUAUUUGGAAUAGGUUUAACUUAAUGUUUAAGUUCCCUGUUUAAGAAAUAGAAAACAUACGAAUCUCCUCAUUUCAUGGGAAUAUCCUGAGACUGCAAUCACGGCUUCAAUUUUUGAAUUGCAGAAUAAUUAGAUGCACUAUCUAGUGUAUAUAAGAUAUCUAUGAUUAGAGAUCAUUUUUUUUUAAAGAGCUGCCCCCGAAUGAGCGCCGCACUAAACAGUAUAAAACUUUUCCGCCGUCAAAGUGGGGACAUUUAGUGACAAAGACAUUUAAAACUAAAUUUAUUGUUAAAAGUUUCUGUUAUAGUUCACAAAUAAAAGUUUUUUUAAAGAGCGCCGCCCCCGAUUGAGCGCCUCCCCCGAAUGAGCGCCGCAUCUGAAGAUCUGAAAAGUUAAAGAGCGCCGCGGCGCUCAAACAGGAAAUUUAUAAUCACCGCGCUAUAUAAAAAAGAAAUCCGUACGCAUGCAUGUAUGUUAUAUCUGUUGUUUUUUUUUUACUUAAGUUUUUAAUUUUAGUUUUUUUAUUUAUUUAUUUCAUGAAGAUGAUCAGUCUAUGAAUAAAAGUGUAAACGAAAAUGAGGACGAUACUGACGCUGUUUUAGGCGGCUGUGAAUCACAAAACUAUGAUCGUAAGUAAGGCGUAAUACCACAGUAUUCUGUAAAUAGUUUAAGUUUUACGAUGCUUGAAACUAUUUAUUUACUUGGAGUUUUUUUUUAAAUUUAAAAUGAAAUAUUCAGGUCUUAACGAGGAGACAAAUUCAAAGAAUGAUGUCAUAAUAUAUGAGCCAGAGCCAGUCGCUGACUCACUCGCAGGUAACCUUUAAAAAGUUUUUAUUACGAAAGUCACCUAACUGUACCCUGGAUUCCAGAGCCUGCGACAAUAAAUAAUAAAUUGAAAUGUCGCGAAGGCUCUGGUUCAACGGGGCGAUUAUUUGAUUAAACCGCGCCAAUCACAAAACAGAAUUAGUGGUUUUAGUACAGAAUCUGUACUAAAACCACUAAUUCUGUUUUGUGAUUGGCGCAGUUUAAUCAAAGAAUCGCAAUCUGUACUAAACCCACUAAUUCUGUUUUGUGAUUGGCGCGGUUUAAUCAAAGAAUCGCCCCGUUGAACCAGAGCCUUCGCGACAUUUCAAUUUAUUAUUUACUGUCGAAGGCUCUGGAAUCCAGGGUACCGAACUGUGGAAUCACAUCAAAAAUUCGUAUCGCCGCCACUACCACAAAUGUCCACGACUGCACCUACAUAUUUUUGUAAACAUUUACAAUUCUAAUUUUAAACAGCUAAUCGACGUUUAAUUGGAAUUGUUACCAUUGCGGUCGUAGACGUUUGUGGGAGUGGCGGCGAUACGAAUUUUUGAUGCGAUUCCACAGUUCGGUGACUUUCGUAAUAUAUGCUAAAUAAAACUUUAAAACCAUCAUUAAUUAAUGUUGAAUAAUUAAUUUACUUUUAAUAGGCCGUAGGAUCAGCAUUCAAAAUAUGCUCUAGAAAACGAAUUCCGUUGCACCUCUCGUGGAACUACAUAAUUUUCACAUGAAUAAAUAGAUAAAAAUUUACUUUAUCAGAAUACGUUGCUCCCCAAGCGAAACAAGUGCACAAUUGGGAAAAAAAUCCCUCCAAAGUUUGCUAUUUUCCCACUUCGAAAUAUUCGAACCGCUAGAGCUGUGCGCCGGAGCCGGAUUACUGAAGCCGGAGCUGGAAAAUAAAAGACAAAAUUAUUUCAUAUUUCAAUGAACUUUUGGUAAUGGAAAAAUUAAGUUGAAUGAUUUGAAGUUACUAUAAAGUAUUAAAGUUUAAUUACUUGCUCCGAUCCGAUUCGUGGUUUCGAAAAUUCUGUAAGCGCAUUGCUAUCGCUUUUGAUACAAAAAUCCACUGACCCCGAUGAAUUUUGGGGGAAAAUACCACGCUGCCAUGCGGUUUUACUUCCUACAAAACGUCGUUUAAACAAGCACCAAACAACAUAUUUGAUAAGUAAAGGAGAAAGCUCAAAAAGGAAUAAAAUAAAUUCUGAAAUUGCACUGAAAUACUUCGUCUGCUUCUACUUUUAAAUAUGAAAUUGCCUUAAAAUUUCCUUGCAGGAGCUGGAGUUUUUGACUGCCGGAGCUACAAUAACCGGAGUUUGCACAGCUCUACGAACCCCUUGUUUAAGCCCUUUAACUAUCCGUUCUGUUUUCUACCUCACACGAAUUUGUAUUGAAUUAGGAUGCUAAUAAGUAGAAUUAAACGUUAAAACGGUAUUUUGAAACAAUAGCCAAUGAAGGGAAAUGAUUUAGCCGUAUGAGCAAGCAAAAUGUACAAUGUGUUUUAAACAAUAUUUAAUGUGUAUGUAUUUUUUAUUCGUCAGUAUUACAAGGUUUGAUCUCUAUUCCGUGAUUUUAUUUUGUUGUUUUUACGGGGGAAAUCGGGGAAAACCCACAGGGAAAAUCCAAUUUUCCUGUCUGCGCGUGCGCAGUGCGAGUUUGGCUGACGUGCGCAUGCGUAUUUACUACCAUAACAAUAGCGGUUCGAAUAUUUCGAAGCGCGAAAAUUGCAAACUUUGGAGGGAUUUUUUUUCCAGUUGUGCACCUGUUUUCGCUUGGGGAGCAACGGAUUCUGAUAAAGUAAGUUUUUAUCUAUUGAUUCAUGUGAAAAUUAUGUAGUUCCACGACGGGUGCAACGGAAUUGCAUCUUUUGGAGGAUGAUCGUACGGUUUAUAAGUGGCAUUUCUACUUAUUUUGACGCAGAAUUUAACCACUGGUCUUAUUAUUUUGAAAUCUUUUAAAAAUUUAAUUAUAUAAUUGGGACAAAUGUAUGGCUGAAAAUUGGUCUGGAAAAGAAAAAGUCAUCCAUUUUCGACUAGACGGAUUUGUUCGCGCCUAGCGAGAAACAAAUUUCGGCAUUGUGAUUGGUUAGCGAAAAAGAUUGCCGCGAAAAAGUAGAAACUUUCAUUGCAAGAGGAACUUUUACUUCGGGCUUAGCUUAGGAUGCCGUUCAUGCACGUUGUUUACUGUUCAGGACCGUAUCACAGAUUGAAGACAACUUGAUCUGUCACCACUUUUUAUGCGCAACUGCGCUUUGGCAAGUGUCGUGCACAUUUUCUGUGAGGAAUUAUAGAAAUUGUCCAAUUUUUUGGCAACAAACACUUAACAGCGAUAGAUUUUGACCAAAAGACACAAUUAGACUAAAGGACCUGAAGCACAAAAACAGUGGGUGGAAAAGUCAAAAUUUUAUAUUUCACCAAUGCAAACAGGGAUAUGCCUAUUUAUGUCAAACACCUUAGACAGUCGAUUAAAUGACACACAAAUUAUUUAACAUCAUAUACCAUACUUACCAUACCAUACAGUACUGUGCCGUGCUCACGAAAAUCAUAGAUUAAAAUUUUAAUUUUGUAAUUGUAUAAGUUUGGUGAGAUUUUUUUCCAAACCCAUAGAAGAGGCCUGCGGAGGAGGCUAUUACCUGCAGUUUACUAUGGCAUGUUAUAUCUGUUUUAACAAAAUACAAAACAAGUGAAACUCCAAAAAUCGAUAACAUUUUUAUUUAUCUACGUUUCGACUGUAUUUCGGUCAUCAUCAGGAUAAACUAGCUAGGUUAUAUAUCAAAAGCAGCAUUUAUAUGAAGAAAUAUGAUACAGUCAUUAGGUUGAUUAUCAAUGAAUUAAUUAAAUAUGGUUAGUUCUGUAGAAGCUUUAAGUCCAUGAUUAAGUUCAAGUUUAUAUCUUUGAAUAGCGAGGGAUUCUUGAUACAGCAAAAGGGACCAAUGGUUAGAUUUAUCAAUUACUAAAUAUGUGGAAAACAUGUUCAGCCAUCAUACAUGAAUACAUGUUCAGCCAUUGACUGUAUCAUAUUUCUUCAUAUAAAUGCUGCUUUUGAUGUAUAACCUAAUUAGUUUAUCCUGAUGAUGACUGAAAUAUAGUCGAAACGUAGAUAAAUAAAAUGUUAUCGAUUUUUGGAGUUUCACUUGUUUUGUAUUUUGUUAAAAUACUCAGUGGUUCUAAAAAGAUCUGUUUUAUUUUCUUUAAAUUGAUGUUGUUUCAUUUACUUAUCUUAUGAAGAUGGUCAGUGUUGUACGAAUGGAAAUUUAAAAGGAAAUGGGGACAAAACUGAUGCUGUUCUUGGCAGCUGUAAUUCACACUGCUAUGGCAGUAAGUAUAUAGGAUAAACAUGCAUGCAAUAAAAAGUAGACAAAGUUUAAAGUUACAAGGUGCUUGAUAUUAUUUACCUGACUGGAUUUUUUACUUAAAUAUUCCAGAUUUAAAUGAAGAGAAAAAUUCCGUGAAUGUGCCAGAGCCAGUCACAAGAGCUAGUCUAAAGCGAGAGCCAGAGCCAGUCACAAGUAACUCUGUUUGAAAUUUUUAUAGCGUGGAGUAAAAUUGCUUUUUAAUAAGUAUAAUCAUAUAGAGGGCAAAAUUAGUCGAAUAUGAUUGGCUAAUGAUGAGGGCAUUUUUUCUUAAUUCAAGGCAAAAUUAUUUGUACCUGAUUGGCUGGGACGCAAGCGCGGGAAGUUUCCUGUUUUAAAUAGCAAUAAAAAUAAUGGCUUCUCGCUUUGUCGUUGCGAAUAAUGAUGUUUAAAGAAUUAAAACCUAGUGAAAACUCGAACACUGGAAAAAGUGCAAUUUUAUGGAUUGGAGUAUUUAAGAAAUAGGCAGCAUUAAGGAACAUCGGCGAAGACAUGGAGACAAACAAGGUUCAAGAACUUGACAAUUUCACAAUUUACUUACGAAUAAAUUUUGCCCUCUAUGAUUAACAAGUAAUCGUACAGUUCCUCGUAAAAUUAAGGUUUAAUUUCACUUGUGUUUUCAAAGUUUGUGAAAUUUUGAAAACACGCGUGAAAUUAAACCUUAAUUUUACUCGGCCCCAUGCGAUUACCUAUACUAUAAUUUUUAUUAUUUAGGUACUAUUUAAAGCACGCAUAGGAGUGUUUAUCACAUAUAAAACACGUAUUUUAUAUGUGAUAAAACACGACUACAAGUGCUUUAAUUAAAUGGCUUCAAAAACGACUCAUCUUAUACGAGUUCAUUGGCGAAGUAAUUUUUAAAAUAAACUUUGUCUAAACGGAGAAAAUCAAAGCUAAAGUUUAUGUAAAUUAACAUGAUUUUUUAUCACAUCGUAGUCUUUCAAAACAUGGUUUGGAAACUCCGCUGAAGUCUUUGUUCUAUCUUUUUGUUCGCGUUUAUGCAGUUUUGUGCACGGUGCACGGUCAAUGAACACAUUGUAUUUCAGUAUAAUGAACGAAUCAUCCAAUAGCAACGUUUCAGUUCAGUCAUUCAACCAUGAUAUUUAAAUAUUAAUAAACCUAAAACAAAGAAUGUGCAUGCACGGUACCACGACACGCUUAUGAUUUUUGCUUUGUGUUUUGCUCCUGAAUUAUUAAUGAGUUUUUGAAAAAUAUAUUAAAACUUGAUUUGCUAAAUGGACAAGUACAGUAGGUGGUAUAAUUGUGAAGCAAUUGCCAGCUCUUUGCUUUUUUUAAUAAAAGCUGUUGUUGUUUAUGAUUAUAGUUGAUGUGGAGAAAGAAGAGCAUAUUUUUGAAGAUGAAGAUAAUGAGGACUUCUCAUUAUACCUCCUUGGUCGAGAGGUAUUUUUAAAUUAAAAGUAAACAGAAGCAAGAGCAUAAAGAAGGUUAUGGCACUGGAUGGCAAUAUAACUUUUUAAAAAUUCUUUUUACAGUUCUCUAAACCCUAACCAGGAGGAGACAGUUGCCUGCGUGGACAACAAAACAACCGAUUCCGGUUGCUGCCCUCAUCUUACCGAGCUAGGUACGUGUGUUUGGAAUCACUUCGCAACAAUAAACCAUCCGUAAAUGUUGUUUGCAUUAUCAUGAUAAUUUUAAAUUAGAUUUCUUUCAAGAAGCGUUUCUUUAUUUUAAUGCCGUAUGUAAACUGUACUACGACUAAUUUACACACUAUUUUAGCAUGUACUAUCACAAAAUAUUACCAUCAAUAAUUAGGAAAACAUACUAGGUGUUCCUUAUAUUUACGUGGUGUUAAAACUGAAGAAGCCCUGAACAGUGUAACGGCUUCUAUCUGUCCAACCUCAAAAUGACUGAAAGUAAAUUUAAUCAAAGUAUCGUACCAAUAUAUUAAUACCAAAACCAUAACAUACGUUUAUAUAUAAUGCUUUGUAAUUGAACUAAAUUUGCAAUUUAGGCCUACCAACAGACAACGGUGGUAAUAAACUUGUCUUUCAUUUUGGUAAAUGACACUACACAUUUAUUACAAAAUCAUUUUAACUGUAACUUUAUAGUUACUGAACUUUGAAAAGUUCCUUUUUACAUUGUUUAAUUGUCUAGAUUCUUUUGCGAGGGAAAACAUUAGCCCACAAAUAGCGGAUAUUGGCCCGCGUGAAAAAGGCUACUAAAGAAUAGUUUACUGAAUAGCAUUUCUGCCUCGCUAAGUUAUGGCCAUGCAGAUAUUUGUUUCAUUUUGGAAUAUCAAAACUUUUUAAAUUUAAGAGUAUAUAUAGCAUGUUAUUCUCAUCGAACAUUCAGACCUGGCUUUAAUUGUGGAACGUUAUACGAUAAAAACAUGGAAAAUUUGGAAAUGCCGGUUUAUGAUUUCCUGUUUGAGUUUAUAUUUACUUUUAACAUUUGCCACUUUAAAACGGAUUACUGGCAUUUCUGCCCUUGCACAGUUAGACCAUGGAUAAUAAAAUACAUGGAUAGGAAACUAGCUGACGUGACCUAAUGUUUUCAAUGGGAUGAUGGCGUUGAAACCUAGUUGCAAACCAAAUUCUCAAAAACGGCAUGUUUAGCGAUAAUACAGCUAAACAUUUUAGUCAAAGAGCAAAUAAAUAUAACUAAGCCAUUCUACGAUGAAAUCUCUAAGUAUUUCCAGUCAAUUUUAGCAAAUAUUUCAAGCACUAAACAGUGAAAAAUGCAUCGCAAAUUUCGUAAAAAUUGGCGACGCCAAUUUCGUAGCUACAAAUGUUAAAAAGUACAAAACAAAGACGAAAAACAUUUACCUUGAAUACUUUGUCGUGGCUUAGGCAUGUUUUUAAAACAAUUAGACCAGUUUAUGCUUCAAUAUUACUCUUUCAAAGCGGAAAAUAUAGCAAAACAACAAAAAUGCUGAGAACUUUGGCAAUACAUGUGACGUCACAGAUUGCAACUAGGUUUAGACUGUGACGUCAGUUAGUUUCCUAUCCAGUUAUUUUACAAUCCAUGGUUAGACCGAAAAUUUUAUGCAACAGUAAAAAUUUUAACACAGGGAAAAUUGAUGUGCAAUGGAAGGAAAGAUGUGAAGAAUCCAUGGUAAAACUGGAAGAAUUAAUAGGAAUUUCUGACACAGGAAAAUCAUCGUUUACCCAGUACGCAAGACGAAGGUGACAUAUUUUUAUUCUUACUACAUUCAUUCUUUUACAAAGCCUCUUUUCCAUUCAUCGCAACUUUCAUCUAAUCACAGUACUCGACAGUUUAUUUUCAAUAGAUGCAAGCAUUUGCAGCGAACUUGCGAGUUGGUUUUAACGAUGAGUGGAAAAGAGCCCUAUACUCCUCCUUUAAAUAACAUGUAUAGUCUUUCACCCAUAAUAAUGAUUCACGUUUAACGUUUUGGAUACCAUUAUCAUCAUAAUCAUUAUAUCAUCGUCGUUAUCCUCAUUAUUGCCAUCUUAGUUCUAAUCACCAUGAAAUAACAGCCAUCCCAAUGAACAUCCUUUAGAAAAGAUGAAUCAAGAUUAUCAACAAACAAUACAACAAACAGAUUAUCAACAAACAACAACAUAUAUUUUAUCACCAUGCAAACAUACAAAGAACUUAUUAUUAUAUUAUUAUUAUUAUUAUUAUUAUAUUAUUAUUAUAUUAUUAUAAUAUUAUUAUUAUUAUUAUUAAAUGCUUACAAUGAAUUUCACUCUGCAUCCUCACCCCCGUUCCAGGAUAUCUAAUGGGCUACCCCUUAUAACCCUGGUUGUGGAGUAUCGGGUUACUUUAUUACGCCUGUUUUCGACAUACCUUACUGGCUAUAAAGUACGCCUGUUUUAAGCACGCCUUGUAGUCACGGUUUCUGGCUACACUCUUUGUAUCAUUUUUAGGGGCGGAGGUGGGGGAUUUGCCACCCUCUCCCGGCAGUAUAUCAAGUGGUCCACCCCUAAUAACAAACGUAAAAUCUCGCCAAAACCGGGAUUUCGCCGCUGACACAAAAAUACUCCUUUGUGUUAUAUAGGAAAUUAAACGAUACGAAAAUGGACGGUUCGAUUAGUAAUACUACUAUUCAUAUAGCUGUCGACCCAGAUAAAGACAUCUCUACUAUUGAAAAGAACAGUGAAUCAAUAUUAAAGGAAAUAAUAUCAGCUAUCUGUACUUUGCUAGAUGGAGAUGGUGGAACAAAAGUUGGUUUCUUUAUAACAACUGAUUAUAAUCUUUAUUUACUGUGUCAAUCACAAGUUGUACAAGUACCUCCUCUGGAACCACUAGAGAAAGUCAAGCACGAUAUCAUCAACAGAAAAGUCGUUGAGGAACCAGUCCAUCUUGGCUCACAUUGGACAAAAUUUGUUAAAGAUACAAAUUCUGGCUUACAUGAGACAAAAACUGUUCAGUUCAAGAAUAUAAAAGCAGGUCCAUCAAAACGCACCAGACUAGCAGAUCGUAUGACUGGUAAAGGUAAUAAAUUCAGUUGCUAUGUUUCCGCUUUUUCCAACUAUAACGGAGGUCAUAUUUACUAUGGUAUCAGAGAUGCUGGAAUUGUUGAAGGAGAAUUGAUUUCCAAUGAGGAGGACAUUGGUGAAAUAACAAAGAAAGUUGAGAAAGCCAUCAACAAGAUGAUCUGGCCUGAGCAGAUUGGUCAACCAAAACGAGGGGAACACUGGGAAAUAUUCUUCGAGCCAGUGAAAGGUGAAAACUCUAAACCUAUCCCGUCAACCUUUGUGGUCGUGAUCUACAUCGCUCCUUGCCUGGGUGGUGUGUUCACUGAGGAACCAGAAUGUUGUGAAAUAGUGGAAGGGAAAGUUAACAAGAUGUCGCUCGCCACUUGGAAAAAACCAAUAUUACAUCCAGUUUGGUUGCGUAGUAAGGAAGAAAUCCCGCGUUUACUUCAACGUGUUGCUUGGAGCUCAGCUGAGGCUCGGAAGAUUUUCACUGUUGUAGGGGAAAAA